AUGGAUACAAUAGUUUCAUCCUCAACAACUAAUCCACCAACAACAACAGAGUCAACAAUAAAUAGUAUAAUAACAACAACAGAUUCUAAUAGUAAUAACACAAAUGAUAACACUACAACUAAUACCACUACUACAACUACAACAACAACAACAACUAAUAUUAUAAAUGACUCUGAUUUAAAAACAAAAACAACCACAACAACAACAACAAUAAUAAAUGAAGAAAAUUCAAAAAUUACAAUAAAAACCAAAUGGAAUGGUAAAGAAUAUAAAGUAUUGAUUUCAAAGAGUUCAACAGUUUUUGAUUUAAAGAGACAAUUGGAAACAAUGACAAAUGUAUUAUCAAAGAGACAAAAAAUUUUAGGAUUAUCAAAAGGUAAACAACCAACUGAUGAAAUGAUAAUAGAAUCAUUAUCAAUUCAAGAUAAUCAUAGUAUCAUUAUGAUGGGUACACCAGAGUCAAAUAUUAUUGCUGACGUUCCAAAAACAAGUGGUGAUACCGAUGAGGUAUUCAAUGAUUUCGAAUUUGAUUAUAUCCCAGAUUCUGAUGAAAUCUCUCAUAUUGAAAAAAAUAAAAAUCAAUUACUUGCAAUGAUUGAACGUUCAAAUGAUAUCUCUUUAAUUAAUGACCCAAGACCAAAUAAAAAAUUAUUAGUUUUAGAUUUAGAUCAUACAAUUUUAGAUUUUAAAGAUCAAGAUGUUGAAAAUAUGAAAAGACCACAUUUAGAAGAAUUUUUAGUACAAUCCUAUCAACAUUAUGAUAUUGGAAUUUGGUCUCAAACUAGUUGGAAAUGGAUUGAAAUUAAAUUAACAGAGUUGGGAUUAUUAACUAAUCCACGUUUUAAAAUUUGUUUUGUAAUGGAUCAAACAUUAAUGUUUAAGGUAACAACCUAUAGAACCAUCAAUGGUAAAGAGAGAACUAAAAUUAAACAUAAUGUAAAAGCAUUGGAAGUAAUUUGGAAACAUCAACAUUUAGGUAAAUUCUUUAGUAUGAAAAAUACUUUACAUGUUGAUGAUCUCUCCAAAAACUUUGCAAUGAAUCCAAAGAAUGGUGUACAUGUUCCACCUUUUAAAAUUAAAGAUGCUAAAAAGUAUGGUGAUAAUGUCUUAUUCCAUCUAACAAAAUAUUUAAAAUCAAUUUCAAAUGAAGAAGAUAUAACUCUUAUUGAUCAUAAGGAAUGGAUUAGAAAAAUUUUAUAA